GCCCAAGACGAUGAGCCAAACGGGCCAAAGCCCAAAUGGGCUUCAAUCCGAUCCAGCCCAACAUUAGACCCCGCAACCCCUUCUCUCUCUCUCUCUCUCUCUGUCUCUCUCUCAUCCGCGCACACACCGAUCUCCCACCCGCUUCCGCAACGCCAUCUCCCUUGCCGGGUCGCCGGAACCCUAGCCGCCGCCGCCGCCUCUGGUUUUUCUCCCGUGGUGCCGUCCGGGCGAGCCGAGCGGCCGGUAUGAGUAGCAACCGCAAAAACUUCCGCCGCCGCGCGGACGACGGCGAAGAAGCCAACGGCGACGGUGCCAGCCUUCCCAAGCCCACCACCGCCACGAAGACCCAAACCCUAACCGUCCCCAAGUCCAAGUCGCCGCCGCGGCGCCAGGGGGCGAGCCGCCUCAGCUUCGCGGACGAGGAGGACGAGGACGACGCCGAGGAGGGCCCUUUCGCGCAGCGCAGACGCCCGACGGCCUCAGUGCGCCCGGCUCGCACGGCGUCGCCUGCCGCGGCGUCGCUCCACCGCCUCAGGCCUGCCAGGGAGCGGGUGAGGAGCACGCCGGUGGCCGCCGUUGCGGCGGUGUCGGCGCCAAAGCCGUCCAACUUCCAGUCCCAUGCUGGGGAGUACACCCCGGAGCGCCUCCGGGAGCUCCAGAAGAACGCCCGCCCGCUCCCUGGGAGUCUCAUGCGUGCGCCGCCGCCGACUCUGGCAACUGAGCCCCGGUCGCAGAGUUUGGCUGGAGCCCCUGCCAGUUCCACUCCUGCUACCACCACCACCGCAGCUGCCACAGAACCAGUGGUUAUUCUCAAAGGUCUGGUGAAACCCAUGGCAGAGGCAAGCAUUGGGCCAAGUAAACCAUUGCAGAAGGAUGCGGAAUCUGAGGAAGAGGAGGAAGGGCCUGUGAUACCUGACCGCGCAACCAUUGAAGCCAUCCGGGCAAAGCGGCAGCAGCUGCAGCAGCCAAGGCACGCUGCACCGGAUUACAUCUCCCUUGAUGGUGGUGGUGUGCUCAGCAGCCGGGAUGCUGGCGGUGAGUCCAGUGACGAGGAGGACAAUGAGACGAGGGGUCGGAUUGCAAUGUACACUGAUAAGUCAAGUGACGGCCUGAGGAGCACUAAAGGUGUAUUUGGCGGGAUCAGUAGCAAGGGACCUGCUGCCAGUUUGGGAGCUCUCAAUGAUGGGAUCAUGGAGGCUGAGGACGAUAGGGAUGACGAUGACGAUGAGGAAGAGAGGAAAUGGGAGGAGGAGCAGUUCAGGAAGGGGCUUGGUAGGAGGGUGGAUGAUGCUUCUACUCAGAGAUCAGCAAAUGGUGCACCAGCCACUGCGCAGGUUCAGCCGCAGCCAUUUGGAUACUCGGUGGGUUCCCAUUACCAGCCCUCCCUUAGCGGUGCUGUUCCUGCAGCAUCUGUUUUUGCAUCAGGGAGUGCGGAGUUAUUGUCCAUCGCUCAACAAGCUGAUGUUGCAAACAAAGCCCUGCAAGAGAACAUCAGAAAGCUUAGGGAGACUCACAAGACAACAGCAAGUGCUUUAGUUAAGACCGACACACAUCUUAGCGAAGCUCUUUCAGAAAUAUCUAGCCUGGAGAGCGGUUUGCAGGAUGCAGAAAAGAAGUUUGUCUACAUGCAGGAGCUCCGCAAUUAUAUUUCCGUGAUGUGCGAUUUCUUGAAUGAUAAGGCGUUCUAUAUAGAGGAGUUGGAGGAGCACAUGCAAAAACUGCAUGAAAGUCGAGCUUUGGCUAUUUCUGAGAGGCGUGAAGCUGACCUAGCUGAUGAAUCAGGUGUUAUUGAAGCUGCUGUCAAUGCGGCAAUAUCUAUUCUUAGCAAAGGAUCGAGCUCAGCUUACCUGUCCGCUGCAUCAAAUGCUGCGCAAGCAGCAGCCGCUGCUGCUAGGGAAAGGUCAAACCUCCCACCUGAGCUGGAUGAGUUUGGCAGAGAUAUCAAUCUCCAGAAGCGUAUGGAUCAUAAACGCAGGGAAGAGAACAGGAAUCGAAAGAAAGCCCAGUCAGAGUCCAAGAGAUUGGCAUCAGCAGGGAAGAAUGAUAACAUUGAGCAGAUUGAAGGAGAGCUAAGCACUGAUGAAAGUGACAGUGAGAGCACUGCUUAUGUUUCCAGCCGGGAUGAGCUGCUCAAGGCUGCUGACCUUGUGUUCAGUGAUGCUGCAGAGGAAUACUCAAGCCUUAGAAUUGUCAAGGACAAGUUUGAAGGUUGGAAAACUCAGUACCCUUCGGCAUACCGAGAUGCUCAUGUAGCUCUGAGUGCACCAUCUGUGUUCACCCCUUAUGUGAGACUGGAGCUUCUGAAGUGGGAUCCCCUCCACGAAGAAACCGAUUUCUUAGACAUGGAGUGGAACAAGGUUCUUUUCAACUAUGGUGUGCAAGAUAAUGAGAGUGCUGGAGAUCCUAGUGAUGCAGAUUUGAACCUUAUUCCAGUCUUAGUAGAAAACGUGGCUCUUCCUAUUUUGCACCACCGCAUUAAGCACUGCUGGGACAUAUUGAGUACCCAAAGGACCAAAAAUGCUGUAGAUGCUAUUAUUAUGGUGAUUGAUUAUUUACCAACGUCAAGCAAGGGCUUGCAUCAACUAUUGGCUACUGUGAAUAGUCGUCUAACCGAGUCCAUUGCUAACCUUUCAGUACCAGCCUGGGGAUCAAUGGUGACAAGGACUGUUCCCGGUGCUGCUCAAUAUGCUGCAUAUAGAUUUGGAGUUGCAACACGUCUGCUUAAGAAUGUAUGUCUGUGGAAAGGCAUCCUUGCGAAAUCUGUUUUUGAGAAGCUUGCUUUAGAUGAACUACUGAGAGGGAAGAUCCUUCCUCAUAUGAAGAGCAUCAUUCUGGAUGUUCAUGAUGCAACCACUAGGGCUGAGCGAAUAGCUGCUGCACUUUCAGGAGUGUCAUCACAAAGUCAAAAGCUGCAGCCUUUUGUAGAUCUGGUGGUUGAGUUAGGAAACAAGUUGGAGAGGAGACACACAUCUGGCAUAAGCGAGGAAGAGACACGCGGUCUGGCUCGUCGGUUGAGGAACAUACUGGUAGCGCUGAAUGAGUAUGAUAAAGCUAGAGCUAUUUCAAAGACCUUUCAGCUCAGAGAAGCACUAUAACUCUUCCUGAAUGUAGUGCGAGAAUUCCAGUUUUGACAGCUAUGCAGGUUCUAAAUCCUUCCAUUUUACGGAAAUGUUGUGACUUCUGAUUAUCUGUACAUCAAAUAAUCAUGAGUUCCUAGUCCGACUCUGCUUUAUGCUAUCAAAGAAAAUUUAAUGUUGCCUCGAUUAUUGCCUUUCAAAAGCCACCAAUGGUUAUUCACUGAUUGCAAGAGCUAUCUGAUUAACAGAUCAAAA